CUCGCUAUCACGCUACCAACGCUAACACUACAAAUUGCGUUCGCAGAGCAAAGAUAGCGUUUGCGAAUGCAAGCUCUAUGAACAGCAAUAGCGUCGCGUUUGAUCUAACCUAACUUCAAAUAUUAACCUAAAAAUUGAAAUCAUGGAGCAAGCUAUGAAGCAAGAGGAGCAAAUCAUCACGCAUUAUAACAAUCGCGAAAUUUUAACGACUGCCGUUGUUAUAAUACGUGAAAUAAUAGAUUCUUCUUCUGAUUCAUCAUCAGAAAGCGAUGAUGAAGAAUUAAAAAUAAUAAGAAAUUGUAGAAAUGUAAGAAGACGUGUUCCAAGAAUUUUAAAUUACGUGUCACAUAUAAUACCAAAUUUAACUAAAAAAGAAUUCAAAGCCCAUUUCAGGAUGUUACCUAAAACUUUUGAUUAUAUCUUAUCUUGUAUCGAGCAAAGAUUAAAAAGGGUAAUACCUGGAACACCUAUGAUUGAUCCGCGCACACAAUUUCUGUUGGCAUUAUGGAGACUAGCUACUCCAGAUUCUUUUAGGUCAAUUUGUGAACGAUUUAAUGUUGGAAGAAGCACUGCUUUAUAUAUAACAAAGAUAGUGGUAAAGGCACUCAAUGAGCUUGCGCCUAUUGUUAUUAAGUGGCCUAAACGAAGUGUGAGCAGGAUUUAA